AAAGGAAAACAAGACAAGAAAGUCCAGCGAGAGCGAAACAGGGACAUGAGGACCUUCCAGAGCCAAAGUCAGCCGCGCGGAGCCUCCAGCAGCCUGCACAGCCUCAGCAGCAGCGGCAGCGGCGGAGUGAGCCCCCUCAGCACCGCCAGCGUCACCGUCACAGCCCUGCUCAUCAUCCUCUCCAUCCCAGUCUGCAAAAGUGCUCCAGCAGAACUUCAGCAAGCCACAACAGAUCAGAGGCAGCUACUCAGCCAGAUAGACGCUGUGUGCUCAUCCUACCUCUCUGCAGAUCCCAAGUUUUGGGCAUCUGAUGUCUUAGGAGAGCUCUGUGUCUUGAUGCUGGUUCAGAAGUCAAAGGAGCUGAAAGUGCGAGAAAAUAGUAAAAGGUUUUUAUUUUAUUACUCGAGACAGCAACAACAAGGUUCUGAUUUGUCAGCGGGAGCGACCCCUCCGUUGCAUCCUCUCCUGCGUCUAGUCUCCCAACUCCAUACCAGAAGAGAGAGAGGACUCUCAGUGCGCGCUGAACUCCAGGGACCUGGGGGAAUUCAGAGCAGAGGUUACUUCCUCUAUCGGCCACGAAAUGGAAGACGAUCCUUAGAAUAUGAGUAAAGCGCCGCCACCUCUGAUGCUGAGUGUACAGAGACAACAAAGACCCUGAGACCCCGAGCCGCUGCACCACCACUAAAUGAUCCAGAC